AUGUCGUUACAGUUAGUCGGCACGUACGCCCCCAAUCCCACGAAUGUGCGUGCACGCAGCACAAAGCUGGGCGCUAGCCCCCAGGGCGACCGCAUUUUGUAUGCACAGGGUCGUACCGUCGUGAUCCGCCACAUUCGCGACGAACGCGCUACGACUCUGUAUGCACAACACGCACAACCUGUGACGGUUGCGCGAAUGAGUCCUAGUGGCUUUUACGUCGCAAGUGCCGACAUCACGGGCAAGGUGCGGGUCUGGGACAUCGCGGGUAGCGAGCAAAUGCUCAAACUUGAGGUUCAGGCGCUCGCUGGACGUGUGCAUGAUCUCGUUUGGGAUGGUGAGAGCAAACGGAUACUUGUCGUGGGUGAUGGCCGUGAAAAAUAUGCGCACGCUUUUCUCUUCGAUACAGGUUCUAGUGUUGGGGAGUUGAAUGGGCAUAGCAAAGCUGUGAACAGUGUAGCGGUGCGCUCACAGCGUCCAUUUCGUGCUGUGACAGGGGCAGAUGACUGUUCCGUUAUGUUUUACACAGGCGUGCCGUUCAGAUAUGCGCGUACGCUCUCACAUCAUACACGGUUCGUUCAGGAUGUUGCAUACGCACCGAAUGGCACGACAUUCGCAUCAGCUGGGGCUGACGGACGUGUGUUUUUGUAUGACGGACAAACGGGCAAUAUGCAAGCUGAGCUUUCUGUCGCAUCGACGGCGCAUGCUGGCACUGUGUUUGCCGUGUCGUAUUCGCCUGACUCGGCACUCAUGGCGACGGCUGGCGCAGAUGGUGCCGUGCGGAUUUGGGAUAUUGCCAAGCGCGCGCUGUUGUCAGAAUGGCGCUCUGAUGAACAAGAUCGUGUACAUGCUCAGCAAGUCGGUCUUAUAUGGACACGUGAGGCUCUUAUUUCACUGAGUUUUAGUGGUGUGCUCGUGGUGCUAGAGCCCGACACAUCAAUGCAGUUGCGUGGGAUGCUGCGUGGACCGACUAUGAGUGUGGUAGAUCUUGCUGCAGAUGGCAACCAGAUUAUAGCGGCGGCCAGUAUCGAUGGUCGUGUUUACCUUUACGGCAAGCAAGGUGCUGACCGAGUGCCAAAAGAGCAUGCAUGGCCGAGUCUCCUGCGCAUUGGCUGUGCGCAACGAGCCUUUGUCGUCGCAGCUUUGGACAAUACACUGCGUCUUGUGUCAUCUGCCAGCAAUGCCGACGACGAGAUCGUGUCUCUGGCCGUGUCGGGACAUCCACGCCAUAUGCAUGUCUGCAAGAACCAAGUCUUUGUUGUCACGGACAAGGGCAUCGAUGUUGUCACCAUCGGUGACCAGGAUGACAAGGCCAGCUCAGGUACAUCGUCACAGGUUCUCGUGCCGCAAGCCACAUGUAUUACAUCAGAUGCUACUGCGGCUCUCGUAGCCAUUGGCUCUGAGGACGCGCGUGUUCGCUUAUUCCGCUAUGAGAAGGCUUCUUUCCACUUCCUCGGCGAGCUCGCGAGCGGACGUAGCAGUAUUACGGCUCUUGCAUUCUCGCCUGAUGCAUCACUAUUGGCCGUCGGUGAAAGCAGCGGAAAGAUUCUUGUGUACGAUAUCGAAGCUCAAGCGCUGAAACUAUCACAGUGGGUUUUCCACUCGGCAAGGAUCCAUUCUCUUCAUUGGUCACAUGAUGGCGCCCAUGUGGUGAGUGCCUCUCUUGACACACAUAUCUAUGUAUGGUCUGUUGCGCAACCUAUGCAAAAGGCCGUCUUCAAAAAUGCACAUGCCGGUGGCACCAAUGCCGCUCUAUGGAUUGACGAACGCACCAUCGUCUCGGCAGGCGCCGAUGGCGCCGUGCGCGAGGUACGUACUUUAUGA